AAUCCAACGGUGAGAGAAACAUAGCGGCGUCACCGCGAACGAAAAUUCUGGAGCGCGGACCAAAAUUCACAACACAGAAAACUUGUUCGACAGGAAAAGAAAAUUAUAUAUCAUAGCUACAAUAUCAUGUCACUUUUAAUGCGAUCCAAUUAGAGAGAAAACAAAAAUUGCAGAGAGGGUUCAAUGGUGCUGUGGGAGAUAACGCUUGGAACUGCGUAUUUUUUGGGUCUGAAGCGAACCUACAAGCUUGCUCUGAGGAUUCAGCGUAGGGUUAUAACCCCUAAGUACCCUAGGGUUCGCCAAUUUCUUCACAGACGAACCCGUGCUGUAUUUGAUGUAGCGAUCAAGGUUCAUCAGAGCAUUCAAGAAAGAGACAUAGAAGUGGGCCGGAAUCUUGGAAACUUCAUUCUGCGAUGGCUUGAUCGAGCAAAGCCGUCAGCACACAUUCGAGGUCCUCCUUCUGGACAACCCCAUAGUUCAAGAGGGAACAUAACAAAGCAGGCAACUGGCUCUUCCGGCCACAAGCCCACUGGUUACUCUGGAUUGUUCAAGAAAGACUCUGAUAGGCACUUGUUUGCCUCAUUGAGGCCAAAGGUUUUUCCUACCAUUGCAAGGAUGAUGAGACCACCAAAUCCUGCUGGGACUACCGUCCAAGGCAGGCACCUCAGCUUCUAUGCUCCUGAAGUGGUUAGAUCAAAUUACAGACAGAAUUGGUCAGAGGGUGUUAUUAGGAAGGACAUCAUGCAGUGGAUGCAUAAUUAGCUGUCCUCAAGUAGCUUCCUUUGGGUGAACAGUUUUUGAUCUCGACGGGAGGUGGUUGAGUAAUGUGUGUGUGUGUGUGUGGCGGAAGCUGAUGGUGACAGAAGCUUAGCUGUCAUCUCUUUCGACUUUGUAUGUAUAGUCUGUCAAGCUUUCUUUGGAUAUCUGGUGUUUAUGCAUUUGUUUUCAAUUUUUGUUGAAAGAACUAGUUAAUAACUUGAUAUCGCAGAUAAUCUUCCUGCAUGUUGAUCAAUUGUAGUGAAGAUUGUGCAUUUCUGUCAUAAUUUUCUUUCAAAAAAUUAUAGUUUUUUUCUC